AUGGCGACUGUACAUAAAAGUGAUCCUAGCCAUGUCUAUGGCAAUAAAGAACAUCGAAGUACAUCACCUGCUCCACAUUUUAAUUAUGAAACAUAUUAUAAACAUCAAGAAAAACAACCGAUACAUACAAAUCCUCUUCUUCAAUAUUUAUCUGAUACAGAACUAAAAUUUCGCAAUGACAAUCUCUAUGAAACGGAAACCUUUCGAUUGCCUCGUCGAACUGAUAUAUUAAAUCGAUACGUUAAAAUGAAUCCAAAUUUUGAACACUUAAAUCGUGUUUAUGAACCAAAUUUAACAAAUAUUGAAAAGCAACGUUAUAGACGUUGUGUUGAACAACAAGAACAAAAAUUACAUCGUAUUAAAAAGAAAUUUGAUUUUCAAACAUCUGAUGGUCAUAAUAGCCAUUAUUUUUUAACGGGUGCCCGUUAUAAUCGUUUUGAUACAGUUGAUUCAAAAAUUUUACUUAAAUAUGGAACAUUUAUUAAUCGAAAUAAUCCUGAACAAGUUGAUAUAAAAGCAACACAUUUUAAAAAAUUUCGUGAAAUUCUUCAAGCUCAACAACGUUCAAGUUCAACUGGUGGUGGUGGUGAUACAUCACGAAAAGAUUUAAGUUAUGAUUUAAUUGGUGAAAGAAAACAUGAAGAAGAUUUAGAAGAUUUAACAAAUCGAUAUGAAAGAAGUUCAAGUCGACAAUCAAAUUUAAAGCCUACAAUUUUUGGAAAACGUCAUAAAUUACCAAAAAUUAAAGAUCCUGAACGAUAUGUUGAUGUUGGAAGUCAAAUGCCUGAACGAAAACGAGGUCGACGUUCUCUUGAGCGAGCUAUAUCAUCUUCAUCAACACAUCGUAGUAAUCGUCAUCGUCGUCAAUCUCAACAUCAACAACAACAAUCACCAGCACAACAAAGUAGUGUUUCUUAUGUUGCUAAUAAAGUUUCAUUUUCUCUGGUCAAUGAAUCUAAUCCACCAACAAUGAUAAUAACAAAUAAACAACAUGAAGAUGAAUAUGAAUUAAUAACUACUACAGAUAAUGAUCGACAUUAUCAACAACAACAACAACAACAACAACAACAACAGCAAGAUACUAUUCCUAAUGAAUCUGUUGAUGAUGAUGAACAAGAAGAGCAAGAGGAACAAGAAGAAGAAGAAAAUAUUGAGGAAAAUAAUCAAGAAGAUAAUCCAAUUGUUCUCGAACAUCUUCGUCAACAAGCUACAGUUAUAGUUUCGAAUAUCCUUGCUGCUGCUAUUGACCAAAUCAGCCUGACAGCAGCAGAAUAA